UCCAGUGACAGAAAAUAAACACCUGCUCGUACCGAUCAUCCUGAGCCGGAGUUGACGGAAACUGCUUGGAUACAACAAACCUUUGGACCAGUAAUCGAUGCAAGACGUUGGAUUUGGACUUAAAAUGUCACAAGAAUAUCUUAGUGUGAAGGAUCUGCAGAAAGUUUUGGACUCAUGCAAACUACAUCUCAGUCAAGUUGACGAGGUCUGGCCAAACAUAUACAUAGGGAAUGUGGCAGUAGCCCAAAACAAGACUUCCUUGCAGAAAUUAGGUAUAACUCAUGUAUUAAACGCUGCUCACUCCAAGAGAGGCAGCGUAGGGAACCAAAGCUUUUAUGGCAACGGCUUUGUGUAUUGUGGCAUUCCAGCAGAUGACUCGACACACUUUGAUCUGGAUGUUUACUUCAAUCCUGCAGCUGAUUUCAUUCAUAAAGCUCUGAAGACACCUGAUGCGAAAGUUCUGGUGCACUGCAUCAUGGGAAUGAGCAGGUCAUCGACCUUGGUGUUAGCGUACCUCAUGAUCUACCAUCACCUCCCGCUCAAACGGGCUUUGCAGAAAUUGAUCCAGAAGAGAGCCAUCUACCCCAACAGGAAUUUCCUGGCUUUGCUGUUGGAUCUGGAUCUCCAGCUGAUAAGAAAAAAGAAAACAUGUCAGAUCCUGUAAUCAAGAGAAGUUUACACUUUUCAGCCACGCAGCAGCCUAGAGAUGGUGAUGCCGGUCAGUCUGUUGGUCCAGACUGAAAUAUUGCUCCUGGAUUGUCAUGAAAUUAGUUUCAACUAAUGACUGAAAUUCUGAGACUCAGCCGUACUUUGAGACUAACAGCAGUAGGCUAUAGCCUCUCAUGUUAGCAUAGCAAACACAAAGCUGCACACAUUACAUUUAACUGCACCUACUGAGCCCUUAGUUUUGUAUCAGCAUGUUAAAGGUCAACAUGUUUACAUAAUAUUGUACUGUAUAUGUGCACAAGGAGGCAAAAUCUGGACAUUCAUAACUCAGACGCAAUGUUUUAGCAUUCUUGAGGUUAUGCUAAAUAUUAGCAUGUUACACCAACAUGUUAACAACAAACAUUAGCAUGUUAACAUGUUAAGUAUGCACUUGUUAACAUACUAACGUACUAAAUAUUAGAACAUUAAAAUGCUAAUGUUAGCAUGCUGACAUGGCGUCUGAAAUGUUAGAUGCUAACAGCAUGCUAACAUCCACUAAUAGUUGUUAAUAUGCAUGGUAGCAAAAAAGAAAGAAGCCUAACUGCAGUUGAGCCUGACAAGGUUCAUGCUGUAAGUUUGCCAAAUCUGACAACGCAGCAAUGUGACGGUAACAACAUGGACUCUCCUCUGGCGCCACCCUCAGGCUUAGCUUUACGUUUGCCUCACUAGUAGUAAAGAUCUAACAAUGAAUUGCGAAGUAGUCUUUCAGUUAGCUGCAUUAGCUGCAUAGACCAUACCAUGGUAAAGGACCUUUAGUCAGUUUGGAAACUUAAAGGUCCAAUGUGUAGAAUUUAGGGGCAUUUAGCGGUGAGAUCGCAGAUUGCAAACAACUGAAUACCCCUCCUCUCAUCUCUCCCUUCAUAGCGUGUAGGAGAACUUCCGGUAACAGAAAACGUGAAAGGCCCUGAGUUUGGUUUGUCUGCUCUGGGCUACUGUAGGUGGAAGAGGACCCGCUCCUUAAUUAGAUAUAAAGGGCUGAUUUCAGGCUAACAAAAACACAAUGAUUCUUAGUUUCAGGUGAUUAUACACUAAUGAUAACAUAGUUCUAAAUGUCAUAUUCCAUUUCUGCUAAUAGAUCCCCCUAAAUCCUGCACAUUGGUCCUUUAAUGCAAUGCAAAGUGAAAACGGAGGCAAGCCAAAUGAAUGCUAAUGAUAAGGACACUAGUCUUUCAGUUACCUCUCAUUCUUAUAAGAUUUAUUUUUCUUCAGCACCUCACUUUAUAUUACAGCAGAAUGGACCAACUGUCUUAUGGAAAAUGUUUUACAAAGCGUCACUUUUUUUUGUUGUAAACUAUUGAUGACUCAGAAAAGAAACAAGAUGUUUCUACAAUUCAACAUUCAAACUCAAAAUGGGAAUCAAUCUCCAGCAUCCGUCUCUUUAACAAGACCAAUUAAUCAGUGUUCACAGAAUGAAAUUCUUUUGGUGUAUUUGUCAAGCUAGUUGAGCUGAUCGUCUCUGUCAAUCAAAAGGUUUCAAAUCUUUUGAUUGACAGUGAAAUCAUCUGUAGAAACACAAGGAAAUGUCACACAAAAAGGUUCACACAUGCAUCUACUUUAUAGUAGUUUGACAGCAAUGAUUUAUCUCUCAACCUCACUUUAUCACACACAUAGUACACACUGAAAGCAAUACAUUAUUUUUAAAUAAAUGUUUGUAUAUUAUGUUCAUCUUUAACACUAAUUUGUGUGCUUUACCCAAGACUGAGUGUGUUUAUAUCACAGUUUUAAGUGUAAACCUUAUAUACGUUUUUUCUCUGUUGUAUUCACUACAUGAUCCACAUAUAAAGAAACUCCUAAAUUGUCCAGGUGUUGAUUUAAACACAUUUCACUGUAGAGGAGAAUCUCAGUGUCCUAUCCUCCCUCUUGUGCUGUUAGCUCGGGUAACCUUAAAGGAAUGCAGAAGAUGAUGCCAGAAUUAGUUUGGGCUGAGAUUCAGAUGUUAAAAUAGCAUAAAAAGGUUGCAGGGUAGAUUACAAAGGAGAACGCAGACAGUUGUGCUCUCGACCUACAUGUAGCUCUUGUACAGAGAGACAUUGAAAAGCAACGUUUCCAGCCAAGGCAAGUGUCUGCGAACAAUGUGUUGUACGAAUUUGUUGCAGAUAGAAGUCCAAGUUGGGAAAUAUGUAAUAGACUGUAUGGAUUUAUAGUACUGUAUACCUUUGUUUGCAAGGUAAACAUGUUUAUGAAGCACUUUAAUAAAUGAAGAUGUACUGUGAUGAUGAUGAUGAUGGGUUAUCACACUUUCUUCUUUUAUUAAUUUGCUCACAAAUCCAAACGAACCACAUCCGAAAGGCUAAAGAGGGAAGUGUAAUUCAUAAAACCUCCAAGAAGAGGCCCGGAGGAGGUAAAAAAAGCCAUUUUUAUUUGCCCUCCAUGUUAACCGUGGGCACUUUCCCAUACAUAGCAUCUUUAAUUACACAGAAGUAGAGCAGGAAGGACAGGUUAGCCUAAGGGGGAAGGCUAUGAAAGCAGCGCUGCAGCUCAACAUGUGCA